AAGGAAGCAACAGUGAAGCUGCGACUGCCAUCUUUGUUAUUGAUAUACAAACGUAAAUUAUAUGUAGAAUUGUCCCGCAGAAGCCACCGUGUUGUGUGUGUGAAGAUUUACAACAACGCGGUGUUGUGUGGGUAUGAGACUUAGUUAUUGAUAUAUUUAAAUAUCGCUGCACUUGUUUGUGACCUGCAACUGCCUGCCAGGCCUCUGUCAAGUAUGAGUAAAAGAAAUCAAGUAUCAUAUGUGAGACCAGAAGAGCCCUCUUUUCUCAGAAAAUUCAAGAAAGAUGUUGGAUACAAAGAAGGUCCAACCGUAGAAACUAAGAGACAACAACUUACUUUGCCUCCAGAUGACAGUGAUGGAAGUGAUAAGGAAGAUGAACAACCACAGGUGGUAGUGCUGAAGAAAGGGGACCUUUCAGAAGAGGAAGUUGUUAAACUUAAACACCACAUCAAAGAAAGUUCAAAAGACAAGGAAGCAGCCCCUGAUGAUGGAAAAAUACUAUUUAGGAAGCCAGAAAAACGUUCAUCAGGCGACAAGUUUUCAGGUAUAAAUGCUAGUUCCAGCAAGAAGAAGAAACAAGAAGAAAGUAAGGAACCACUUGACAGCAAAUCUGCACAUAAACAAGUGCGGAAUAGCAGCUUACUCUCAUUUGGUGAUGAUGAAGAAGACUAACACUUACUUAAAAUGUUUGCUUAGUAGAAUCAAAAGUAAAUGACUAUUAAGAUAUUUCUAAAUUUGAAUGGGUUUUAUACCAAACAUGCAUAAACUUUUGUUGUUUUUAUUUAAAAAAAAAAAAAAUGUUUCAAUGUUAAAGUAUUUUGGUCUCCAACCAUCGAGAUUAUCUGGAAUGUGUGUCUUUUUGUAUGAUGAUGUUUUUAUUUUAAUAAAAUGUGUUUUAAGAUGUU